CUGAAAUAUUCACUCUUUAUAGUUUUGGUCCGUAGAAAAAGUUAGAACCAUGUCUUCUCAAGAGAGUAAUGGUGUCCACUUUUUUAAGGUUAUACGUCAAAGUACCCUUCAAGAAGAAAAGCUGAGUGUGCCCAUAAGUUUUGUGAAAAGGUAUUGGAAAGGAAUAAGAAACCCAGUUACUUUAAGGUUUCCAAACAUGGUGGAAAAGAAAGUUUCUUGGGAGAAAACUAGUGAAAAUGAAGUUAUGUUUUGCAAUGGUUGGAAAGAACUUGCAAAUUAUUUGUCUUUGAAUGAAUCACAAUUUUUGGUGUUUCAAUAUCAAGAAAAUUCUGUCUUUAAUGUGAUUGUAUUCGGUAGAUGCGGAUUAGAAAUAAAAUACCCGUCAAGAGAAACUAGGGAAGAAUCUGAAGAGAGUGAUAGUUCUUUGAAAAUUAUUGAGAAUCCUUCGUCGUCAUGGGGUAAAAGGCUAAAAUCUCCAGCACCAUCUAUGGAAGUUUGUAAGAAGAUGAAAAUCAACUCAAAAGAACAAAAAGAUUCUAAGCUUGAUGUGAACAAUGCAGGAAGUAGCUGUGAUGAUAUUAAGGAGAGAAGUAGAAUUUUGUGCCAGAAAGUGAAGAAAUUUUUUGUCUCUAAUAACGACUUUUUUGCAUGUAUGAUGCUAAAGACAUACAUUGAUAGAGAUCUCUUGGUCAUACCAAAUGAAUUUGUUAAGGCACAUAUGGACAUGAUGGAAGGAAGAGAUGAUGCUACACUUUUUGUUGACCAAGAUAAAUGGAAUGUGAAGCUCACUUUAAAUAAACAAUCUGCACUAACUUGUGGUUGGAGAGAAUUCCGUGAAGAGAAUAAUUUGAAAUUUGGUGAUGUUUGUGUUUUUGUGCUAAACAAAGGCAAAGAAACAGUUUCAUUUCAAGUUGUUAUUUUCUCUUUGGAAAAGGACAUGAAAACUCCUUAUUUUGAAGGGUUGGCUUGAAUUUGUGAAGGGGUGUGAAUUG